UAUUUUCUUAAAAGCUCUCUUCUCCUUCUCCUCCGAUUAGCCCACCUUUCUCUUCUUCUGUCUUUGUUUCGUGUGUUUUUGUGUAUAUAAUCUGGUUUUUGUUCUAUACUGGGUUUGUGUCAUAUAUCUAUUUGAUAAAUCUUUCAAGCCCGUCUGUUUUGUUAUCGUUUGGAGAGAAUUCGAUCAUGGAAGAGCCGGUCGUGGUGAACAGAGGGGAAGAUCAGCCUCUGGAUUUGCCCCCGGGGUUCAGAUUCCACCCCACGGAUGAGGAGGUCAUUACUUAUUAUCUGACCGAGAAGGUGCUGAAUAGCAGUUUCAGUGCAACUGCCAUCGGAGAGGCCGAUUUGAACAAGUGCGAGCCUUGGGACUUGCCCAAGAAAGCCAAGAUGGGGGAGAAAGAGUGGUACUUCUUCUGCCAAAGGGAUAGGAAGUAUCCCACGGGCAUGAGGACAAAUCGAGCCACCGAGUCUGGAUACUGGAAGGCUACUGGAAAAGAUAAAGAGAUUUACAAAGGGAAAGGCAACCUCGUCGGGAUGAAGAAGACCCUCGUCUUCUACCGAGGGAGAGCUCCCAAGGGAGAGAAAACCAACUGGGUUAUGCACGAGUUCAGAUUGGAAGGCAAAUUCGCCACUUAUAAUCUCCCCAAGGCUGCCAAGGAUGAAUGGGUUGUAAGCAAGGUUUUCCACAAGAACUCGGAUGUUAAAAAGAACCCAAUUCAAGGCCUUUUGAGGAUCAACUCUCUUGGUGAUGAUUUGCUUGACUGUUCCUCACUUCCGCCUCUCAUGGAUCCUCCUUUCAAGCCCGCCUACAGCGACGGUGCCGUCAAGGGGACCAACCCAUCCCCACCUAUGUCAUCAUCCAAACCGCCCGACGGCUAUUACGUUCCCAACCUCUCCAUCAUCAACAAUCAGCCGCAACAACUGAUUAUGAAGCCUCAGGCUAUGAUGGUGCCCGCCAAUAACAAUUACACCGUCAAUCCAGCCAAUUCCAACUUCAGUGACUCGCUCUCGCAUCCUCAGUUUCAAAUCCAAAAUCCCAGCUUCUUUUCCCAGCAGAAUCAUCCGGGUUAUGUGAGUAAUGAUCAGCAGCAGACGUUUCUGAGAGCAUUUGCGGCGAACAACAACAACGGCUUAUUUGGGUUGGACAAGCUCUGCAAGAUGGAGCCUUUGGUGUCGUCUGGCAAUCAAUCUGUGGUGAGCGUGUCGCAGGAUACGGGCCUCAGCAACGACAGAAACACCGACACUUCCUCGGCCGUUUCCAAGCUCGACAUGGGAAAGAACAAGGCAUUAUACGAGGAUCUUGAGGCUCCAUCGGCUGGGCCCCUUUCUGAGUUGGAAUACCUGUGGGACUACUGACGAGUAUAAUCAAUGAGAUAUGUAGACCCGGAGCGAAUUGAAGAGCUAGCUUGCCAAAUCGUGGUUUUAUACUUAGGAUAUAUUAUCCCCAAUAUAUUUCAGACUUUGAAACAGGGUUUUUUGUUUUUUUCCUCAACACCGAUUUAUCAUAUCGGACAUAGGAAAGGAAAGUCCUUGGAUGCAAAAAUAUACUGUAUAGAUUUCUGACAUCCAAGUCUUUUCUGGGUAGAUUUUCAUCCUUAGAUCAUACCAAAGGACUUGCAUGUACAUCUAUAUUCUUUGUUUCUUUUUUCUUAUAAUAAUUAGUGGGCUUGUUUUUA